AUGUCUUACAAUCCAAGAAUGUCUAUCGUGCCUCAACAGCAAAAUCGGGGGAAGAAGAAGGAGGAAGAUUCUGAUGCGUUUAUGCGCCUGCCCGACAAGGAAAUAGUAGGAUGCAUAAGUGAUAUCGGGGUUCCAUUCGCUGUCGCAGAUCUUCAAAAGCCAAACCCUUUACAAAUCCAGAUGAUCUUCGAAUGGUUCGCAGAGCUGCUGAUGAACGCGACGCGCGAGACUGUUGAUCCAGCUAUGCGCGCAGCGGCGGAGGACGUUUGUGGAGAGUACAUGGAUAUCAUUCCUUCAGAAACGCGAAAUCUUAUGGGUUUCUACGUCAGUCUGCGCAAAUUGUUGAUCGAGUGUGGCAUCACAGACUUUUCUUUUCAGGAUCUUUACAAGCCAACACACGAUCGACUGGUCAAGAUCUUCUCCUAUAUCAUCAACUUUGUACGAUUCCGGGAGAGUCAAACCGCCGUGAUAGACGAACAUUUCAACAAGGCAGAGACUACGAAGGUCAGGAUUGAGACGUUAUACAUGGAGAAUCAGGAGAUGGAGGCGCGCUUGGAGGAAAUGAAGCGGAAUCGCAAAGCCAUGGAAGCACACAUUGCGGAGAAGGUUAAGCGGAACGAGGAGCUUAAAAAGCGAUUGUUGGAGCUACGCCAAAGCCAAGAGAAAGUAACUCGACGAUUCGAAAAUGUGAAGGUCAAGAAGGGGGAGAUGACCGCCAUCUUGGAGGACAAAACGGCCAUGACUAUUUCGCUCAGACAAGAGAGCUCAAAAUUGCGACCUUACGUUCUACAAUCGCCGGCUGCUCUUCAAGCAUCCCUGACCGAGCUCAGCAAUGCUCUGAAUACUGAGAAGGCACAGAUUGAUGCCAUGGAUCGACGAGCUCGUGGCUUGCAAACUUCAACAGAUACAUUCUCUGUCGUCUCAUCUGAUGUUGCAUCGUGUAUCAAGCUAUUGGAUGAGAUUUCAGCGGAAUUGGCAAAGGAAGAAGAGGAAAACAUUCGAAUUGCAAAGCAACGAGAUGCUCUGGGAGAACGGGGAAAUAAUGUUCGAGAGGUUGAGAGAACUGAGGGCCUUCUGCAACGGCAAUUGUCGAAAUGGCUCGAGCGAACGGAGAAGCUGAGAGAAGGUAGCAAAGAGAAAGCGAUGAGUGCGAAGGAGAGAAUGGAAGAGCUUCGUGCUGUGCACAGAAAACUCACAGAGGAGAGAGUAGAGAAAGGACGAGAUAUGGAGCGGAGGAGAGUACGGAUAGAGCAGACUGAGAAGAAGAUGGCGGACCUAAAGGAGAACAUCGAGAACGAAAUCCACAGUGCACAUGAUGAGUUCCUCAAGAUGGACUCCCAUAUCAAGCUGUACAUCACUGAGAUGGAGCAAUCGAUUUAUACUUAA